CCUGGCUGGCUUCUCCUCCCUUCUAUAAAGGCCAGGCCCUCCGCUGUUCAUCGGCACUCCACACUGCCACAGCCCACAGCAGAUCAACAAUCUAGCAGCUUGCAGUCGAGUUGUGAGCGCGCCACGUAGAGCUCGCCGCACAUCUAGCUAGAUUGCCAGCUAACAAAACCAUGACGUCGCGCCACCGGCGGCAGCCGUCGCGGGCGCUGCCUCUCGACUUCGACGUCGGCGACGAGCCUGCGGCGGCCGCAUCCAAGGGCGCGGCGUCGACGCAUGGACCCGCUGGCGGCCGGAGCGAUGCUGCCAAAGCAGGGCAGGUAGGCGAAGGCCAGGGCAAGAAGCUGCCUCCGGCCACCGGCGGCGGCCGCAUGCCGGCGCCGGAGGGGGCUGGGAAGGGGCACUGCGACGGCAACGAUGGCCGCUAGGUAGGUGGCCACACGUUGGCCGCACAUUCCAUGCGGCAGCUAGCGCACGCUAGCUGUUCGAUCUGCCCGAAAAGCACGACGGCCUAGCUUGGCCGUGCUCUCUACUUCUCGGCCGGCCAGUUUCCAAAUACUACUACAUAUGUUUGGGAGUCCAGUAUGUGAUCCCUAGCUACUACUCGGUGUUAUCUACUCCGUAUGCUCGAGGAGAGCUCCCGCCCACUGUGCCUCUGCUGACUAAUCUGUAUCAAGUGUACAAACAUGCUACUACUUUGUAUAAUGCAAAGACUAAGCAAGAAA